UAUGUAAUAUCAGCAGCCCCCAGCGAGGCGAGGCGGGGCUCACACUGUACAGCUCUGGCCACCUGGAGUCUGGAACAGCAACAGCGAUGGAAGCACCCUGAAGCCCCAUAGCAACUGGGCCCGGAGAGGUGGAAGGCGCUUACAUGUGGGGAAAAUUGGGGGUCCUUUCUGCUGCACAUCCUGGAGGAAAGCCUUUUCUUCCCCACCCCCAAGCUGCACACCUGGCUAGACAGCUAGGAAUUUCAGCAGGAAGAAACUUGGCAUCCUUGUGGCUUCAUGAAUGUCUGAUCCAGGCAGCUGCACGCUGCAGAUUCACAGGGCUGCUGCAGAGAACUUUGCUGCCACGGCUGAUUUUGGAGGCACCUUGCUGGAUCAGACACUGGGCAGAAGUCGACCUGAUAAGAUGUCCCCCUGUCCACCCCAGCAGGGAUGGACUCGGAGUACCUUCCUCCCUUUGUACAACCCCCUGGCAGGGGGGGAAGCUUGCUCACAGGGGGAAAUGGAGCUAACCUGGCAAGAGAUUCUCUCAAUCUCAGAAUUGCAGGGUCUUGAUAUGCCAGCCGAGAGUUGCUACGAUCCAGCUUUAUGUGGUCAUUCCCAACAGAUGGUACCAUCCCCUAGCUACGGGCCAUGUGCAGGGAUGGGCGAGGGUUCUGUUUCCAAUUACAAUCACCCUACUACUGCAGCCUAUGACCAUUCCUACCCAGAAAAUCUGCCUGCUUCUUGUACACUUUACAGUUACACCGGCAUGCUGAUCUCUUCCUCCCUGGAGCCUCCAGGAUCUGCUAUGCUGGGCGGAUAUAAAGGGAUGCCAGGGAUGAUGUUGGGGAGGGAGCUAACGAAUGGCUAUGGACCACAGGGGCCUUGCAAGCUCCAAGAAGAUCUGGAAUCAGACUCUGGAUUAUCCCUUAAUUACAGUGAUGCAGAGUCCCUGGAAGCUGAGGGACUGGAGCGGGCAGAAUAUCCAUCUUUGUAUCCCUUGGACCACGUUCCAGCAUACCCUCCAUUGGCUCCUGUCCCAGAGAUGCCCUUCCCUGAGCAUCACCCAGAGCAUUCUUUGGAAAAAGGGCAGAGCCCACGGGGAGAGUUAGUGGGCAACAGGGAUGAACGUCGGGCUCUCGCCAUGAAAAUCCCCUUCCCUGUGGAAAAGAUCAUCAACCUGCCAGUGGAUGACUUCAAUGAGCUGCUGUCACGUUUCCCGCUGAAUGAGCCUCAGCUGGCACUAAUCCGGGACAUCCGCCGCCGCGGUAAGAAUAAAGUGGCAGCUCAAAAUUGUCGCAAGCGCAAACUGGAGACAUUGGUGCACCUGGAGCAGGAGCUGGAUGAACUAAGUCGUGAGCGACAGCGCUUGUUACAGGACCGCGGAGAGUUUAACAGGAGUCUGACACUGACGAAGCAGAAGCUGGGAGCCCUCUACCACCAAGUCUUUUGCAUGUUACGGGAUGAAGCUGGCAAUGCCUAUUCCCCUGAUGAAUAUGUGCUGCAGCUCACUAUCGAUGGUGGUGUCUUCCUUGUUCCACGCAACAAGCAGCCAGAAAGUGCCAAUGGCUGAACUGAACAAGUUGAGGUAGAAACUGGGGGGAUGGAAUGCAGCCAGUUGACCCCCACAAAAGCAUCUCUCUAGGGGCUCGGAACCACUCAAAUGUUAAGAGUUCAGAUUCCAUACCGUACAGCUGAACUGAACACCAUUCAAAUCACCCAGAAAUAUUUUUCAUUUCAUUAGGAGAAAAACAGGGUUUGAUGAAAACGGUACCUAGAAUUUAUUCCUUAUCCAAACAUCCAUCCUUCUAAAAUUUAACAGUCCCAUCAGACUUCACUGAUGUGGCCAGUUGUGACGGAUGAAUUAUAAUCCCAACAGUAUUUGUAAGGACUAUUUGUAAUCCUCAACCCUUUGCUUACUUCGGUACUUCAAGCCAAAUUACCUUGCAUACAAUAUAUAAGGCACUUGCUCAUUUUACGGCUUUAAAAUGUUCCCAACGUAUUGGACUACAAUUUCCACUGUCCAGAGCAAAUAUGAAGAAGCCUAUUGUAAAUUAGUUGUACAUCCCUUUCUACACAUUUCCAGAAUGUUGAAUUAAAAAAUAAAAAAUGAAUUCUGCUA